AUGAAGUUUUUAUUCGUAUUUUUAUUUUUCUUCUUGAUCUUAUUGUCAAACUACACUGUAAAUUCUAGAAUUUUUCGGGGAAAACGACAAGCCGCGCUGGCUACAGAUGAUGGAAUUGAUAUUCCGUUUACCUUAAGGUACUUAACCUAUUUUUGAAACCUAACAGAAAAUUUCCUAAUAUCUUUAGGUCAGCUAUAACUUGUCUAACCCCAGGAAUUCUAGAAAAUAUCUGCUUAGGUCCGAGAGUUCAAGUUUUGAAGAAGGAACGAAUUGGAUUGACGGAUCGGAAAGGAGCGACUUAUGGUUAUCACAAUGGAGUUGAUGUAAGACUUUUGCGAAACAAAAAUAUUCCGCUGAUUGGGGAAGAUACGGAAAUUGGGAGAAGUAUUGGUGCGACUGUUGAUGUAACACCAUGGGAUGGUGCAUUGGAAGUUGGAACGAGAGAUAAGAUUUUUAAUGUUUGGAAACAUAAUAAGUGAGUUUGGGCAUAGCUUACGCAUCUCUAUAGCUAUCUUUUUCAUGAUUUUUCAAUUUUUGAUUGAAACACAAGGGUCACCUUUUUCUAUGAAAACCCUGUUUUUCUAUAGGAAAAUGUGAGCCUUGUGUCUCAAUCAAAAUUAAAUCAAAAAUUGAAAAAUUAUGAAAAAGAUAAGCUUCAAAUAUUGUAGCUUUUUGCAAAUUUACGGAAAAUUCUGGAAAAAAUGGGCAUAGCUUCCGCAUCUCUGAAGCUAUCUUUUUCAUGAUUUUUCAAUUUUUGAUUUAAUUUUGACUGAAACACAAGAAAAUUCUUUUCCAAUCUAUAAAAAAACCCUUUUUUCUAUAGGAAAAUGUGAGGCUUGUGCUUCAAUCAAAAUUUAAAUCAAAAAUUGAAUAAUCAUGAAAAAUAUAAGCUUCAAAUAUCGGUAGCUUUUUGCAAUUUACGGAAAAUUCUGGAAAAAAAUGGGCAUAGCUUCCGCAUCUCUGAAGAAAGCGAUAGCCAAUAUUUGAAGCUUACCUUUCUAUAGAAAAACAGUGAUUUUCCAUGGAGAAAGUCCCGAUUUUGGGCAAACGGGGAACUUUUCCAUAGAAAAUCACUGUUUUUUCAUAGAAAAGUAGGCUUCAAAUAUCGGCUAUCGCUAGCUUUUUGCAAAUUAGAUAUAAAAAAAUUCGGGAUUUCUAGAGGCGCAUUGGUUGAAUGGGACCAACAAGGAGCCGGCUUCGAUAUAGGAUCUCGAGCAUCAGCCGCCGAUGAUUUAAUAAAACUACGUCACACCCUAUUCGGCCUAAACAUCGGACCAAAUUCCCAGAGAAAUAUAGUUGGUCCUUAUCGAGUUGGUGACACUAAAGGGCAACGUAAGUCACAUUUUCUUCACUAGAAGCGAGAAAUCUGGAAUUUCAGAUCUGAAAGUUGCUACACCAAUUCAAUCGCUCUAUCACAAUUAUUACGCGGGUCGCGGUGAUUGGUAUAAAAAUCAAUUUCGUCGACCUGGCGAUCAAUAUCGAACAAAUGAGCAAAAAGCGUGUCCGUGGUGUUUUGCGGUGGAUUCGACGUAUCCCACGCAAACUAUGUUUAAUCCUAUAUUCACUGGCAGACAAUAA